AUGAAAGCCUCCAAGACCCUCGUUUCUCUGGCUCUCUGCCUCUUCGCUGGGGAGACGCUUGCGCACCCAGGCCAUGACAUCUCCGAGGAGAUCCAGAAGCGCUCCGAGUUCAUCUCCAAGGCCAAGCGGACUUCUCUCUCUCACUGUGCGGCGAAGAUGAAGCGUUCCGGCUCCCACGAGAAGAUGGUGUCUCGCCGCCACGCCAAGGUUGAGGCUCUGCGCGAGAAGCGUGGUCUCAAGAAGACGCGCGAUGUCGACGAAGUCCUCAACAAGAACCACCACUCGAACCUCACAGGCAUCACGCCCGAGACGGACCCGAGCGAGUUCUUCGGGCAGAUGCCCUCGUGCGUGCUGUCGCCCGAGGUGACUGAGGGGCCGUACUACGUGUCGGGCGAGUCGGUGCGCUCCAACGUCGUGUCGGACGAGCCGGGCAUCCCGCUGUACGUCGACAUCCAGGUCAUGAACGUCGAGACAUGCGAGCCGCUCGCGGACGUGGCCUUUGACUUCUGGCACUGCAACUCGACGGGCGUGUACGGCGGCGUCACUGCCAACGGCAAUGGCAACACGGCCGAUGACUCCAACUUGCAGAACAAGAUGCUGCGCGGGAUCCAGUUCACGGACGCGGAUGGCGUCGUCCAGUUCGAGAGCGUCUUCCCUGGCCACUACACCGGCCGCACGACGCACAUCCACGUCAUGUCGCACCUGGGCGCCAAGGAGCUGGCCAACGGCACCAUUUCGCCGGGCCAGGUCGCGCACGUGGGCCAGCUCUUCUUCGACCAGGACCUGAUCACGCUGGCCGAGACGGCCGAGCCCUACGCCAGCAACACGCAGGAGCUGAUGCUCAACACCGAGGACGGCAUCCUCUCGCAGGAGGCCGAGUCGAGCGACCCCCUCGUCGAGUACGUCUUGCUGGGCGAGUCGGUCGAGGAGGGCAUUUUUUCGUGGAUUAACUUUGGCAUCGACACGACAAUCAACAAGACGGUCAGCGCCGCCGCCAGCUGCUACGCCGACGGGUGCGUCGCGAACGAGAACUCGGGCGGCCCUGGUGGCCCCGGUGGCCCUGGUGGCCCUGGUGGCCCUGGUGGCCCUGGCACCCCGCCUGCGGGUGGUGCUACGCCUACCCCUGCGCGUGCUGCUUAG